AUGACUGGACCAAACUUUCACAUCACUCUGAAUCAGCUCAGAGGGGACCUCGAUGUGAUCCCCAGUUCUAAUCCGAACUCACCAAAUUAUCUCAACCAGGAUGAGUAUUAUUAUCUGUUAAAAGAGUCAGAGAACAGAGAUCCCUGUCAGGAAACAUUUUUCAAGUUGACACCGGAAGAGAUGCGCCCCCAAAAUGAGAAAAAGGACCUCCUCCUCCCAGAAGAGAUUAUGGUCGUUGAUCACCUUCCACAGUUUAGGACACACUUGCCCACACUGAAGGCUAAACUGUCCAGGCUGAGGACACUUCCUGUGGCUGACCCUCUACAGAACUCUUUGGGAAACUUUGUCUCCAAGGACAGCAUAUUCAGGCACUGUGCAUCUUACAAAAAACCUCCCAGCGUGUGCAGUGGUGAAAUUCAGGCCUGUGCAGACAUUAACGAGGAGUAUGUUAAAGAGCCACUCCUGAGCGAAGAGUCUCUUCUGUUACCUGUUGUAAUGGACACUCUGAAAGAAAACCGAGAAAUUUACACCACCUUUUCAAGUAUUUGUUCUCAUCUGAAUGUUGCUUCUGAACUAUUAGAUGAGCAAAUUUCAGUAAUAGAAGUACUACAGAAAGUUACUCUUUCAGUGUCGGCAUAUAUUUCCAAAUAUGACAGACCAAAGGAGAUCAACCAAGAAUUCCUAAUAAAUGGAGCACAAAUAGACUUUGAUUUUUCAGAACACAUGUUGCUUCCAACUGAGAUGGAGCUGGACCUGACUUUGAGCUCGACUCCUGAGAACAGUCCAACGCAUUGGUGUGUGUCCACCCGCGAACUUCCUGAGGAACAACUAACACCACUCGGAAAACUGUCUUUGAUGUCAGAGAAAGUUCAAAAGGAGAUGGAGCUGGCUCUUUGGAUGGCAGAGAAGCAUCCAUCAUUUAUACUGCAUUUUAUCUUGGCUGAGCCUCAAAUAUGUGAACCAGUAUUUGACUUCCAGCUUCUGUCAGAUGCUUUGAAACUGAUGAAGGUGGAGAAACAAAGCUUUGCCAACACUGAUGAUAACCUGCAGUUGCAGAUGGAUGUUGGUAUCAUCUGUGAGUUUACAGAGAGCAUCAAUUUUGAGUGUCCCUCCACUAAAGAGGACAAUGCGGAAGACUUCUGUAAAAUAUCACUCCACUAUAAUCACUCCAGUGGUCUGGAGGAGAAAUCCAUGAUGAGUCACACACACAGACUUCAGCUACCUCAUCUGGAAAAUUCUGGCUCUUCUACUUCUCAUGCUGAAGUUGCGCCAUGCAAUACCCCUCUGCGAGAAAUAGCUAAUAUUUCUCACGAUGUCUUCCUGCCAGACAAUGUUACCAUUAACAACCACCUAGACAAAAAAUCUGUGCUUUCUGAACCUGUUAUCACCACCACUAAAGCUGAAGCGACAGAAAAGUUCUCAGAAGUUACAGCUGCAUCACCUCAUUUUAAGAACACCUUGAGGCACAUGAGUCGAGAUGACCUUCAAUUACAACAGCCUGUUUCCAUUUCUAAUCAGAGUUCCCCCUCAAUAAUGAAAGUCAGUGACAGAUACAGAGACCUCCAGGUUUUCAGUAUUCUUCCAGAGAGGGACUUGGACCCUCUGUCAUCCUUCAUGAUGUUGAGAUCCCAGCAUACAGCGCCUGUCACUGGAACACCCCAAGGCUCUGACACUAAUGCAGCACCAAAGAUGAAAGAACAAACACCAGUACAGUCUGAGCUGCAGUCUCCUCUGGAGCAGAGGAUGCACAGACCAGAUAAGAACCCAGCCUGUAUGAGCGCAUCUGUCUCAAGAAGUGCAUCCAGGGAGCAGACAGCAGAUGGUCACUUCAUCAGUCUUCCUGUCAAUCAGAACACCCCUCAGGACUUACAGGGGAGCAGAGUUGUACAGGUCCAAGCUUCAGAUAGCCAGCAGCAUGCCUUCUGUGAGCUGCUGACCUUUGCUCAGCCGCAUCUGUGCUCUGCCAGACAACUGGGACUUAACUUCUCAGGUUUGGAUGACUUCAGCUGCCUGGCUCUGGACCAAACCCACUUCCUCCUCAAACAGCAGGAGAAGGCAGUCUACAGGACACAAACACAGAGCACAGAGCUCCUCAGAGAUCAGGAACUCCUGUUCAACCAGGUGACUAUGAUUCAUUUGCUGGUGACAGUCAAAGAGCUUCUGCUCAGGUGUUCCCUCAUUACUGCUGUGGAGUUCCUGACAAAGGCAGCAGAGACGUGCACCAAGCAGACUCUGCAGCAGCUGAUGAAGAGGCUGCAGAUCAUCCUCUACCUCAGUCACAGGAACCAGGAGCCCAACUUCAAACUGCUGGAGCUGCAGCAGCAGCUGGCCUCAUGGUUACACAACAUCAAAGCACCAAACACAACAGGAAAAAUUCUUGUCAUAUUAACAGUUGAAUGUGAUGAUGCCAGAUCCAUAAUCAUUGAAGCACUGAGUCAAGUGACUGCUGUAACUGCAGUUUCUCCUGAAGAUGCUAAAACUAAAGUGAACGGUGCCUGUAUGAUUAACAGAAUACACGACAGCAUGUGUGUGGUGGUCUAUGAUCAGCAUAUCGGAGCAGACUUCCCCUGGCAGUCUUUCUCACUGGUGGUGGAAUACGAUCAUCCAGGCCAGUCUCCGUGGGUCACAGUCUGCCGAGAGAGGAGCAUCAGUCACCUCACCUUCCACACUGUCCUCCAACACACUGAGAAAGACUCUUGCUUGGGGGACAAUGUGCCGUACAUCUUGUGUGUGACGGAGGGGCUUCUCAACUGUCCUUUGCUGCUACAGACGUUGGAGUCAGUGUUUAAUAUAAGUGUGCUGGAGAGGAGUCACUCUCCAUCACUGCAGAUACUCGGCGGGACCCAUCACUAUGUGGUGAUCACAGUGGACGAGAGUACCGCCAUCAUGGUUCAGGAGCAGGGUGAACUGUGUCAGCAGCGUUCCUGUGAGGCAGUCGUGAUGCGGCUGACGGCUCUCUCUCUGCAGUACAGCUGCUGCUGGCUCAUCCUGCACUGGUCGGACAGCCAGGGAGGAGGAUUUUCCAGUGAAGCCUAUAACAACUUGGUGUUGAUUUAUUCAUCUCUGGUGCUGUUUGGAAUGAGAUCUCCAGAUCUAGACAUAAAGGUGCUGAUUGUGACAGAAGUGUUGGAAAUAGCCAAGUGGAUCAGCCAGAUUUGCUUCCACACCCUGAUGACCACUGACCGGGACCCUGUCAGAUACCUGGACAGAGACUGGCUGACUGUGCUGCCCUCAGAGGAGGAAAUAUGCCUGUCGCAGUUCCCAUGUAUCAAUCCUCUGGUUGGCCAGCUAAUGUUGCAAAGAGCACCGUCCCUGGAGUGGCUCCUGAGGGCCUCGCUGUCCCAGCUGAAGGAGCUGCUCGGUGAAGUGCCACAUAAAGUUCUCAAGCUGUUCAGUGACAUCACUUCCCUCUACAUGCUGAACGCAGAAUCCAGCCAUCAGGAGCCUGAGGCCGUGUUCACUGGGACACUCAGUCCGACCAGUUCACCAAACAGCACCUGGACCCUAACUGCUGAGGACACACAGUCCAGUCCCCUUUCAGAACCUUUCUGUACUGAUCAGACUGGUGCUCUCCUGCUCGGAACCAGAAGCUUUUGUGACCAGGACACAGCCUCAAACAUAUGCAACGUCAGUUCUGAUUUUAAACAAGACCUGAGUUCUUCAUUUGGCAGCCCAGAGAUCCACUUGCAGCAGACCUGGACUUGUGGUGAUCCAUGGAAAGAGGAGGCUGGAGACAGAGUGAGGUUUUCUGUCUGGAGCAGCACAGCUGGAACAGUGGGGAGAGUCGUGGAGAGAACAAGCAGCAAAUGGCCACAGAGGGCGCCGUCAAACAGCACAGACGCCAGCUUCCUCCAGGCCACCAGUCUCAGCACAUUCACCAAGGACUCCACAGUGGACCACAUGACCAAACUGCAGCAGCGAGUGGACUCACACUCUCAAGACUUCACCGACUCUUCAUCUUACAGAGACCCGCACCGCCUCACCUACAACCCGAGCCCUGCUCCAGAUGUUCUGCUGUGGUGUCGAGCUCAGCACGACCUCUCCAGCUGUGGAGACACGACAAGCAUUUAACCCAACUAUGGCCCCAAAUGCUGGGUCGGACGAGAGAGGAAGAGGAACGGCGAGCUCGCAGGCUUUGUUGGCACAGUGCUGACACCUCUGAAGAGAGGGAGACUGAGCUACGAGAGGGUUCCAGGGAGAAGUGACGGACAGACGAGGCUUAAAUUUUUUUAAGCACAAGUGUUUUGUUCUGUUCUGUGUCAUGAAGGUCGUAG